AUGAGUGGAAAUCAGACUGGGAAGAGUGGGCAAAAAGGAAAUUCCAAGGACCCGAAAGCCACCGUUCCAGGACAAAGCCCUGAACCACCAGAUUUGGAUAAAUCAGAUCACCCUGGAUCAACACCCCCCGCAGCUGUAAUAACCAUUGAGCAUAACCUCCCUGAGGAAGCGACAAUGGCCAACACCAUAGCACCAGAAUUACACUACCAGAAUUUGACACAGUCAAGGAUAAAUGGGAGAAGUGGAUCGAAAGAUUCGGAUUUUUUGCAGAAAUGCAAAAAAUUACAACUGAAGAAGAGAGACCAGAAACCAGGCGAGAGUCUCAAAGAUUUCGAACGAGCACUUCGUAUACUGGCUGGCGACUGCAAAUUUGGGAACAACACGGAAGCUCUGCCAACAUCAACGAUGUUACGAGACAGAUUCGUGGCAGGACUACUCGACCAGGAACUACAACGUCAUCUGUGUCGCAGACACGAGGAAUCAGCAAUCGAACUGACACUGGAGAAGGCACUGGAAAUAGGCAGCAGCGUUGAAGGCACCCAAAAACUCCAAAAAAUCCUCAAGAACGACGAUAACAACAACAACACCGUAAAAAAGACGAACCACACACCCGACAACUGCAAAUUCAGAAAUACUGUAUGCACUUACUGUUCAAAACUAGGUCAUAUUGAAACAGCAUGUAUCAAAAAGAAAAAAGCAGCAAAAGGCCCAGAGAACAAGAAACCUACAGCAAAAAAAGUGGAGGUUCACCAGGACACUGACUCCGACUCAUUUGAAGACAUCAUGGACAUCGACAACGGCGCCGACGAGUCGUUGAUCAACUUACAAACAUUCGCAAAGAUAUGGCCCCACGCAGAACCAAGAUGGAGCAACCGUAAACCAAAUCUACGUGCCUGGGGUGAGAGACCAAUCGCUACAAAAGGAAUAAUGAUGGUCAGAGUACCCCUCACAAGAUGUCUACCACUAAUUAUCACGUCAGAGGAGGAAGGACCCAAUUUAUUCGGAGAAAAUUGGUUUAAGCCUUUGGGUAUCAUUGUAACUGGCAUCCAGACAGUGCAACUAACACCACACACUGACUAUAUGGCAAUAGUAGAUAAGUUCCCAGGACUUAUGGCAGAAACACCCUCAGGACACGCUGGAAAGCCAAUCCACAUCCAGAUAAAGACGGAGUGUAAACCAAAAUUCUUCAAAGCACGCAGAAUACCUCUUGGAAUGGCAGAAAUGGUGUACGAAGCCCUGGGAGACAUGGAGAAACAGAACAUGAUUACACCCACAGACCAAUCUGAUUGGACAACACCAGUGCUGUUCGUGCCAAAGAAGCUGGAGAGAAAACUCAGGGUGGUAGGAGAUUACAAAGUCACAGUUAACCCCGCCAUUACGAAUUCAGAGUAUCCACUACCUACUGUCAAGGAAGCCAUGGCAACGCUGAAUGGAGGCAAGAUAUUUUCACAGAUCGACCUCAAGAACGCCUAUAAACAGAUACGAGUGGACCCUGAUACCUCAAAAAUCCUCACGAUCAGCAUCCCAAAGGGAUUAUAUAACGUCAACGUGAUGCUGGACGGAUUGAAUAUUGCACCAAGGAUUUUCCAAAAAUUCAUGGAAACACAUCUCCAAGGCAUACAUGGAGUAUUAAUCUACCUAGACAAUAUCAAAAUCCAAGGCAGAACUAAGACAGAACAUAACGACCGAUUAAUUGAAGUACUGAAACGACUUGAAGCUGCAAACCUCAUCAUAAACAAGGAAAAGUGCAUAUUUGGAGUCACAGAAAUGGAGUUUCUCGGAUACCUAGUAUCAGAUAUUGGAGUUAGACCAUUGAAGGAUAAGGUAAAGUCAAUCUCAAAAAUGCCAACUCCUUCUAACGUGAAAGAUCUCAAAGUGUUUCUAGGUGGUCUAAACUUCUAUGCAGACUUCAUAAAAGAUAGAGCUCGAAUUGCUGAACCCCUUCACCGCCUCUUGGACACUGGGAGAACAUGGGAUUGGAACGAGACUCACCAACACGCGUUCUCAGAGCUGAAAAAUAAACUGAUAUCAGCACCAAUCCUCAAUCACUUCGAUGACGAGAGAGAAAUCGUCGUGUCAGCUGAUGCAUCACCGACAGGCAUCGGAGGAGUACUGGCAGUGAUUGGAGAGGACAAUAAAGAACACCCAGUGGCGUAUUUUUCAAGAACACUGACAAAAACACAAAGGCGAUAUUCACAACUGGACAGAGAGGCAUUGGAACUCGUUGAAAUAGUAAAACACUUCCACUACUACCUUGCUGGUAGGAAGUUCUUACUGUACACUGACCACAAACCCCUGUGCAGCAUCUUCAACCCCAACAAACCGACUCCAGAGAUCAUCUCACCAAAACUGAGCAGAUACUCAGCUACACUCAGUGCCUAUAAGUACGACCUGAUUCAUCGCCCAGGUAAUAAACACACAAACGUAGACUUAUUAUCAAGACUACCAUUGGAGGAUACACUGGAAGAUGAAGAAGAGAAUUAUCAGGAGAAUUUCAUGAUUGAAAACGUAUCAAAAAAUCCUGUUACACCAGAAGACAUCGCCAAGAGCACAUCAAAAGACGAGACACUAACACAAGUGAAGAAAUGGCUCGUUAACGGAUGGCCAAGCAAAGUACCAGCAGCAUAUAAACACUACUGGCCCAAGAGAAACGAAAUGUCACUGCACAAGGACUGCAUACUCUGGGGAAACAGAGUAGUAAUCCCAGAGGAACUACGUGACACAAUUCUACAAUAUCUACACGCUAACCAUCCAGGUAUAUGCAGCACCAAAGCCGCAGCCAGAUCAUACGCCUGGUGGCCUAGCAUUGAUGACAACAUUGAAAACAUGACAAAGUGGCUUGAAGUUAAACGCAUGCCAUCGACAAACUCUCAAAUGGUAAUCAAAGUUUUGAGGGGACUCUUCGCAACGUUUGGACUACCACAGACCAUUGUCUCUGACAACGGAACGGCAUUCUCAUCGAAUGAAAUAAAAGAAUUCUACAAAAAGAAUGGAAUCAAGUACUUAUAUAUCGCACCUUAUCAUCCAGAAUCCAAUGGACAAGCAGAAAGGAUGGUGCAGACGACAAUAAGAUCCCUGAAUAAACUGACAGAAGGCAACUGGGAAAUAAAAUUACCAAGACUGAGAUGUUUGGAAGACCACUACGCACCGCUCUGGACACUCUCAGACCAGAGGAAGAGAAACAAGAUGAUGUUCAAAGCACAAAAAUACGUGAAUUACCGAUUGGAGCUAGACUACGAAUGA